AUCAUACUUCUCCUUUAUGCGCGUGUCAAUCAACUCUCUCCAGAAGAAACAAUGUCAGAACGGAACACUUUGGCCUCCCCCGCCUCCCCCGUUGCCUCUCAUUUCUUACUUUCACCUCACACUCCAUACAAAACACGAGAGUUAAUAAAACUAUUGUUAUCCCAAUUAAUCUCCCACUCAUUUCUUUGCAAGAGAAGUACUGGUAAUUCAAUUCAUCCGGUGCCCUAGAUCCAGUAUGCUUUUUCCUCCCCGCACUCUAUAACUAUAUGUCCUCUCAUUCUGAACUCUAGUUCUAGGUAACCCGUUAAGUUUAUCUUGCAAUUCAUCAACUUUUGUGUUCAUACGUUGCUGGAGUUAUAUAAGUGAACGCGGUGAACGAAUGCCAUGUUUCUUGGCUGCUGAACUGAGUUAAGAAUUAAGAUGUCCAUUUUCUUGCAUGAAUGCCGUUAAAGGUGUAUAGUUCCGCUGACUUCAAUCUUGGGUGAAGAUUGCUUGUCUCUUAGUAGCAGUGGAGAAGGCGGUUAACAUCUCAGUGGAUUCUUGGAGAAAAGAUUUGAUUUUUAUGUUGGGAUUGUGCUAAUUUCUGGUAUAGAAUGGGUUGUGUGUGUGGGAAGCCCUCUGCCAUUGAGGGCAGCAGGGAGAGGUUAUCCUGCAAAUCCUCUACUGAACGGGCCCGAAGGUUGGUUUCUUUGAGAAGAGAAGAAACCUAUAGGGUGAAAGAUUUUCCUGAAAGCAAUGCUGUAGAGACAUUGCCGAUUGACAAGAUAGUCAAUUCUUCUGCCCGGUUGCAAAGUCAAGCUUUAGAUAGCAAAGUGGAGAAGACUGAGCACAUAGCCACAUACCAUCCUGGAAUGGGGAACAUUCCAAAAGCUGCUGAAGGUGAGCAGGUUGCAGCUGGAUGGCCACCCUGGCUAGCUGCAGUUGCUGGUGAAGCUAUUGGAGGAUGGAUACCUAGACGAGCAGAUUCAUUUGAAAAAAUGGAUAAAAUUGGCCAGGGCACUUACAGCAGUGUUUACCGUGCUAAUGAUCUUGAACAAGGAAAAAUUGUUGCUCUGAAGAAGGUUCGGUUUGAUAACCUGGAACCUGAGAGUGUACGCUUCAUGGCAAGGGAAAUUCACAUCCUUCGGAGGCUUGAUCAUCCCAAUAUAAUAAAGUUGGAAGGUCUAGUUACAUCUCGCAUGUCUUGCAGUUUAUACCUUGUAUUCGAGUACAUGGAGCAUGACUUGGCAGGACUUGCCUCAAAUCCUGGUAUUAAGUUUAACGAAUCACAGGUCAAGUGUUACAUGCAGCAACUUUUAUCUGGUCUUGAUCAUUGUCAUAGUCGUGGUGUUCUGCAUCGUGAUAUAAAAGGUUCCAACCUAUUAAUCGACAAUAAUGGCAUAUUGAAGAUUGCAGACUUUGGUCUGGCAAGCUUCUUUGAUCCUCGUCAGAACCAUCCCCUUACUAGCCGUGUUGUGACCCUCUGGUAUCGACCACCUGAGCUUCUACUUGGUGCUGCAUACUAUGGCACUGCUGUGGAUUUAUGGAGUUCUGGUUGCAUACUUGCUGAACUUUAUGCCGGAAAGCCUAUCAUGCCAGGAAGAACAGAGGUGGAGCAAUUGCAUAAAAUUUUCAAACUUUGCGGUUCACCUUCUGAGGAGUUCUGGAGUAAAUCCAGGUUGCCUAAUGCGACAAUUUUCAAGCCUCAACAACCAUAUAGACGCUGUGUUGCAGAUACAUUCAAAGAUUUCCCUGCGCCCACAUUAGCACUCAUCGAGACCCUACUUUCUAUAGACCCUGCUGGUCGGGGGUCAGCAGCAUCUGCUUUGAAGAGCGAGUUCUUCACAACAAAACCACUCCCAUGUGAUCCUUUAAGUUUGCCAAAAUAUCCUCCCAGCAAGGAGCUUGAUGCCAAAUUACGGGAUGAAGAAGCAAGAAGGCGGCAUGCGGGAGCUCAAAGCAAGGGUCAUAGGAAUGACACUGAAAGGAGAGCUACAAGAGACUCGCGUGCAGUUCCUGCACCUGAUGCUAAUGCUGAAUUAGCUUUGUCAAUGCAGAAAAGGCACAGUCAGUCCACUUCUAGAAGCAGAAGUGAAAUGUUCAGCUCUCAUCAAGAGGAAGUUGCCUCUGGUUUUCCCAUUGACCCGCCUAGACAACGUCAGGCCAUUGAAGAAACAAAUAAUGAUCUUCAUCACCAUCUCAGACAACCUCAGCAUAAAAGAGCUUCCUAUUCAGGACCAUUGGCCCAGAGGGCGAAAUCUAGUAAGAAUGCAGAAGAAGAUGCCCCAAAGAUUUCUCUUGGUGCUAGGAGAUCGAGCAUGUUGUCUGAUGAUCGUGCUGGGUCUUUUGCUGAUCUUCCUCCAAAACUUAUUGCCAGGUUCCCUGGAUCCUUUAAGGAGGCUGCCUCAAAUUCAAUGAUGAAACAAGACCAGAAAGCCCGCGUGGCUUCAAGCUUGCACCAAAAUCAUGAAGCGGGGAUGCCUGACAACAAUGAUCCUGUCCUACUAGGCUAUGGGUCAAAAGGUAACAAUGUGCACUACUCCGGGCCACUUCUAGUUCCAUCUGUCCAAGUAGAUCAAAUAAUGAAGGAUCACGAUCGCCGCGUCCAAGAAGCUGCAAGACGGGCACGACUUGACAAGGCAAGAGCAAGAAAAUCUCAGAUAGAAGGGAAGCAACUCUUAACAAAUUCUUUAUUUGUUUCUGGUCGUUAAAUUCAUGCCAAGCAGAGAGUGUUGGUGCAUUGAUUAAAGAGAGGUCACCAUACGAAGAACUUAACGAGAGAAGCGAUUCCCUUGUUGAACGAGUCACGGUUUGAAGAUAAACAUGAUUAAAGAAGGAAUGAAGAGAAUGUAUAGAGGCUGUAGUUUCAUGAUGACAUUUGUUUGCCAGUGGUAGACAUUAUUAAGAAAUACUUUUAUUGCUCUGUGAUAUCUCCCAUUUGUGCUGGCUUGUAAUAUGUAAUUUCAACGUCUUUGUAGUAAGAGAAAACAUGCAUUUUGUUAUAAUUAUUUUGGAUUUUUGGUAGUAGAAACAACCAAUUUACGAAAUAGAUUAAUUAAAUUAUUAUUGAUUCGGUGGUUCUUGUUUUUA